CGCACGACUCAUAUCAAUUAUUUCUAUCAACGACAUAAAAUACGCGUCGAAAAACGUCCCAUUCCCGAAGUGAUCCAUCAACAUUUUUGUGUUUAACUGAGUGUUAGUGUUGUGUUGUAUAAUAUUGGUGCAUUGACACGGAUCGGACUCCCAAAUUCGAGAAUGUUUACGAGGGGCUGUCAUACGUGAAAAAGGACAAGCCAUGACGUGAUCGAGGCGGAUACGAUGAAGUGAAUUAUUGUUAUAACAACAACAUGAAAUGAACAUGGAAUCGCCAGUUAGAAUAUUUAUAGGUGUAGCAUUAGUAGUAAACUUACUACUGUUGAGCAGCACCUUAGUUAGUGGCAACGCGUUGCCUCAAGAAACGACUUCGACUACUGUAAGAAAUGAGCGGAACGCGCGACACGAAAGAGUUAAUGGCACGUCAUGGGACCCAAGAAACAAUAUCAAGAGUCCUGACACGUCAUUGAAUGAAUUAAACGCCAAAGAAUCAUCAACUGAAGAACAUACAGAGAAGAAUGCAAAAUAUAAACACAGAGGAAGAAUACGAUUUCAAGCGAAUGCCAAAACUACUACAGAAACACCUUUGAGAAGACACAGGGGUUCAACCGAACCAACCAACGUGAUAAUUGUCACACCAACACCAGAAGUGAAAAAACCCGCACAAAUUAUAGACAGCAUGAAAAAAUAUAAAAGAACGAAAUUACCAGUGAUGUUAAGUUCCACUCCCAGUACGUCUAUUUCUAUAAAAACAGAAAGUCAUAGUGAAGAAGAAGAAUAUGAUGAAGAUGAUGAGGAAGACAAAGAAUUAUAUGAAAAAUUUACAUCUAGCAAGUUCGAUACUAAUUUUUUUACCAUACCUAGCUAUAAUGAUGAUUUCAGUCAUUUCACAGAUCAGAAAAGUUCAGGAAAUCAAGUCAGAGAGGAUUAUAAAAGUUCACCUUUUGGAUUUUCAACAUUUUUCCCCAAAGAUUCUUAUGGUCCCGAGGAUCACAACGAUGAAUCUUAUAAAUCUGAUAGUUUCUUUGACUUCAAAUCUGAAUUGACUACACCAAAACAUGACUUUUUUGACAAGAAAUACCAAGAAAUAUCUAGAAGUAUUUUAAAGAAAUUAAACUCUAUACCAACGCACACUCCAACAAAUGCUACUAAUGUUCAUAAAAUUGUGAAAGAGAAUAUAGGAUUAGAAAGAGUGAAUAACAAUGUACCAACAAAUAAGUCUACAGUGUUUAUAAAGAAUACCAAAGAAAUACGUCUUUUAGAUAAUGAUAGUGCUGGAACAGUUAAUAGUGGAAUAUCAGAUGUACAAGGUACAAGUAUUUAUUACGAAAUGUCCGUACUGUCUACUGAAACGUAUGCUAUAGAUCAUUCCGAUGAUGACUGUGAUAACGACACGUUGCCUUUAGAACCUACAGUUAGUUCAUCGUCUGAGGAAGAAAUAGCAUCUAUUAAAGCGACGCAACCUACAUUACUACCAGGUGCUACAAGACCAACAUAUCCUGAUCCAAAACCAGAUGCAAACUCUGAUUCUAUAUCAACAAUAUCAUCUAAUUACCUCCCUAUCUCAAGUAUUAUGCCACCUAUACAGAAUUCAAUUAGUCCCAUAUCUGUACAAAAUAAUGUAUUAAGUGACUCAUCUACUGAGAAAUCUGCUAAAACAUUUUCAAGUAGCUAUAGUAGAAACAGAAGUUAUCCAAAACGUUUGAAUUUUAAUGGAACGAAAGAUUCAUUGAAUAGUGUAACGUCAAAAUCGGAAGCAGUAUCUCAGAGAUCGCAGACAAGAAAAUUCCAUCACACGACACCUAAAGUAAAAACUAUAUGGAUGUUACCACGUAGAAAUAUUACUAGAUUAAAUAGUAGACCAACAACUAUAUAUUCUGAGCAUUUUAAUAUAAAGGAAAAAUAUUCGACUACGUCACGCCCUCAGCAGACUAAUAAAGCUAUUCUGACUACAGUCUCUUCUGAAAUAGAUCCAGUGUUACAAAGUGACAUUAGUGGUAUAGAGAAAGUAGUUCAUUCUCCAUCUAUAUCUGAUAAUAGUAUUCCUUCCUUAUGGAAACGAGGAUCAACUAAGUUCGCUACAUCAACAGCGACAUCAUCUGAGACUGGAGAUAUUAAUGAUAUGGAAAUACCACCAACUUUAACUGCUUGGGCAUUAGCUAGUUUGAUAAGUCCACCUUCAUUGCCGAAUACAGCCACAAAUACAACUGGAUCAACACAGAAAAGUAUAGACGAGAAUGAAUUGCAGAAAGUUGGAGAAAUUACAGAUAAAAAAGAAGAAAGAAUCACAUCUACAGCUUCACCAACAACAAAAUUAAAUAAUGACAUUGAAACUAAAAAAAUAAUUGACGUCGACCAGAAUAAGUUGGGAUGGAGACCAGUAUUCACACCACCUUUAACUGAUAAACCAGUCUCUCAGGAUAAAACUGAAUUAUUACAUACAUCUGAAAGGUUGCCAGCUGAGAGUAAUCUGUACGUUAAAAGCAGCGCUCAAGAAAAUAUUCCUACUGAAUCUAAUUCAGCAACAUCCACUGAAAUAGUAAAAGGAACGGUUAAAAACAAUCAUAUGAAUUGGGUUUCUGUAACAGAACAUUCUGAUCAAACAACGCCAGCAACAUUCCGUCAGAUGAUAGAAAAAGUUGAUCCCAUUAGUUCUACAAACUUAACUGGUUUUGAGUCUAUUACAAAAUUACCUUCCGAUUUAACUACUCCGCAAGAUGAUACCAUCAUUAAUGAACAAGAAAAUGAAUCCUCUAUGACGGAAAUAAUUACAAAAUUGCCUACCACAACUGAUUAUGACAUUACAACCAUCCGAUUUUCUUAUGUACCGACAGAAAAAGUAAUCGAUGAUACUGAAAUGCAUACCACACAAAAACCUACAACCAGCAGUGAUUGGCACCCUGUGUUCCCAACUAGAACAAGAUUGACAACCAUAGAAGAUGGCCCUGUCACUACAUAUCGACCUCAGUAUAUGACUACAACAGACUAUAAUGAAGAAACGACUACAAUAGUUCCCGAAACUACAUCUUCAGAUGAAAAAGAUUCAACGGAAUCUAAUACUGAAUCUGAAAAGUUAACCGAAGUUACCGAAACGAUUAAACAAACUACAACAACAGCUAAAAUGACAUUAACAACUGAUCUAGUAUCUACUACAGAUUCAAUCACUACACCAAAAUUAAUACCAGUUAUAACUACAACCUCAGUCGAGACAACAGCAAUACCUGAAACUACAUCUAUUGUAACAGAAGUUGUAACAGAAAUAAAUACAGAGAUACAACAAAAGCAAGUAACUGAUGCACCAUCUACCACAACGACAGAAGAAUCAACUGAAGCAACGUCAAGUGAAACAAGCGAGUCUGAUUGUACUUCUGAAGAAGAUAGUGGCAGUAACGAAGUUAUUACACAAGAAUCUACAAAAAUGACUACAUCUCAAAUAACAUCUAUAACUACACAUACAAAAAUAGAUCAGGAUGAAAACUUAACUACUGAAUCAGAAAUAACGACUACUGAAGAUAACAAUAAAGAUUCACAAGAAAUAACUACACAAAGUUUAGAAACAACUACAAAGCAUAGUGCAAAAAUCUACGAUACUACAGUAGCUACUGAGGAGACUACGAUCGAAGUUACGACUGAUUUAGGUACAAAAUCGGUGAAUGAUUUGGAGGAUGUAAGCAGUUACAAUGGAGAGAUGACUACAGAAGCAAGACCAAGAGUUUCUGGAGAGGCUGAAGAGGAGAGUUCUGGAGCAGCCGUCGCUAUUGCAGUCAGCACUAUUGGUGUCAUAGCACUGAUUCUACUUAUUGGAUUGUUGCUGAUAGUACGUCGUCGGGGUAGACGAGGGGUGUAUGCUCAGCGCUGUACACCGGUAUCUCUGGAUGCGUACAGCCUGGACAGCGUCAGCGUUGGUCACAGGAAGGGCAACCAAAGACUUCGAGCCAGUAAGAGAAGUUACGGCAACCCAGCGUAUGAUGACGAGGUCACAUCACAUCCAAUGAACUAUGCUGCUCUCGCAAAUUUCGCUCUCGACGUGGAGUCCAUAAUCGCUGAGUUUUCCGAGAUACCUUCAGUGACCGUCCGCCCUGAUGAAGUGCCACCCGGGUGCGAGGACAAAAACCGGUACUCCAACGUGCUCCCGCUGCCGGAGACCAGGGUCCCGUUGAAGAGAAUCGGAAACGACCCGACCACAGAGUAUAUCAAUGCAAAUUAUAUAACUGGUCCUGGGAAUAUCCGUAACUAUUAUAUAGCGUGCCAGGCGCCUCUCGCUAACACCGUGGUAGACUUCUGGCGGAUGAUAUGGGAGCAGAACUCCAGGGUCAUAGUUAUGCUCACGGAGUACAUGGAAAAUGGGGUGGAAAAGUGCUACGAAUAUUUACCGCCAUCUGAAGUGUCAGAUAACAAGAGAACCUUCGGCGAUUACCAGAUAAUCUUGAAGAAGCGCGAACAACGCGACAAGUACGCGAUAUCCAGCGUCCAGCUCAUCAACUUGACGACCAGGACCUGGAGGGAAAUCACUCACCUCUGGUACUUCUGGCCAGCGAAAGGUGUUCCAGAUGAUUAUGAUUCAGUUCUGGACUUCUUGUCAGAGAUGAGGAGUUAUAUGAAGAUCUCGCAGACUGCCAAAGAAUAUGACGAGGAAGGGGUGGAAGUAAUUUACGGAGAUCAGAACCGUUCAUCAUUUAGCAACUUGUCGAAAUUCCGAAGCGAUGAUAAUGGCUCCGGGAAUGGACUGAAUGUAUACUCUCCAGCCAAGGCUGAGGAGCAGAUGAGGAGAGGAAACGUCACCAAUGGUACUCUGAGCAGAAUGAAGGCUGCUUCAGAGAUUGAGAGCGUGCGCGCGUGCGUGGCGGUGUGCGCGUCGGGCGCUGGUCGCGCGGCGGCGCUGGUGGCGGCGGACGUGGGCGCGCGCGCGCUGGCCGCCGGCGUCGCUGACGUGCCGCGCCUCGUGCGCGAGCUGCGCGCGCAGCGCCCGCACUCCCUCUCCAACCGACACCACUACAUCUUCCUCUACAAGCUAUUAAGUGAAUAUGGAAACAAGCUAAUGGGAGGUGGUGUGGAUACAAUCUGAAAAACCAGCUAAGGCAUUUAAAAUAAGCGCACAUGAACGAAGACCUGAGAAUACCGAGGUACUCAUGACAAACGAAUAUAAUAUACGCAUAACAAUAAAAUGUAUUAACUGAAAAAUAUUUUUUCUUGAAAAUUCGACUUAAACGUUCUCUGUUUAAAGUAGCAUUUCAAAAUGUUGUAUGUGAGUUUAAUGCGUUUUGUUGUUAAGCGUGUGAUUUUUGGCGCGAGACGGCUUUACGUGAUUUUCUUUUAAAUUACGCUUCUAGCUAACGCGGUUACCUAUUUUAAAAGCGUUCGAUAUCAAAGUGUCACAAUAUCUGUAUUAUCAUUUCAUUAUCUGUAAGUUUUCAAAUAGACUUUAAACUUAUGUUGUAUGUGUCUUAGAGGGAAUAUUUGAAGUUUUGCAUGUAACAGAUAAACUCAAAAAACUAUUAAUUGGAUUGCUCGAUAAUUUUCAAUGUUAUAUUUAGAGUCAUUCAUAAGCAUUUAGAAGUGAGACAGAAGAAUAAAUAUAUAUGUUAUGGUCCGAAAAAUAAACAUAUAUAGUAUGCUAAGAAUCUUUAAAGAUAAUUAGCGUUCAAACUGUAGUAAUUAUCGUAAUUAAUUAAUUUUAUAAUUAAAUUGAUGUUUCUAGUUUUUUAUAAAGAACAUACUGACUAUGUUACUUGCUGAUUAACGUAGUAUUCUAUGGUUGUAAAAGAUUUUUAUUUAUGUUUUUGAGAAUAUCCAAUACGUUCAAAACUUUCCUUUUUAUAAUAUAAAUACCUAUAAAUUACCUUAAAAUGUUCGAUAAACGAAUUGUAAAAGGAGAAAACUCUUUUUAAAUUGACCUAUAAUAUCAACAUUGCGAUACUUUGAUAAUAAACGCCCUAAUGUCUAAAACCUAUUUAAAUUUAAUUUGUAUAUUUAUUUCGGUUUAAUUAAUAUUUAACACACUUCCCGGUGUUUAAUCCAGUUUAAACUCUUCAUAAAUAAAUAUAAAGAUGUAAAUGCAACGUUGGGACAUCAAUGGCUUAAUUGCUAACAAUUCUUAAUUACAGUAACAGAUUUAAAUUGAUGGAUUUGCGUUUUUGUAAGAAGUAUUUGACAGUUGUUGUUACUAUAAUAAAUUAAUACAUAACCUCGAAUGGCUGUAUGAGCGCAUUUCCCUUUGCCUUUUCGUUGAAA